UAGGGAAACACGAGCGACAAAAAAGUCAGCGCUGCGCAAUUGGUCGGAGAAAACGAAACUAACUCCGCCGCUCUGUCUCCCGGAUGUUGACACAGCCAUGGCGGCCGGGGGUCCAGUCAAAGAUCUCUGCGAGGAAGCCUCCUGCUCCAUCUGCCUGGACUAUUUCAAGGACCCGGUGACCAUCGCUGAGUGCGGCCACAAUUUCUGCCGGGCCUGCCUGACCCGCAGCUGGGGGGAGGCUGUGGCAGAGGCUUCCUGCCCGGUGUGCAAACAAACCGCUUGGCCCAGGAACCUCCGGCCAAAUCGGCAGCUGGCAAAUGUUGUCGAAAUAGCCAAGAAAUUUCAUGGGGAAUGUGGGGCAGAAAGAAAGGGGGUGGAAGGCAAGGGGAGAGUCUGCGAGAAGCACCAAGAGCCCCUAAAGCUCUUCUGCAAGGACGACAAAGCCCCCAUCUGCGUGGUCUGCGACAGGUCCAAGGAGCACCGAGAUCACCAAGGAUUGUGGUGUUUAAUAAUCACAGCAGCUGGACAGGCACGAGUUUGUGAGAAACACCAGAAGCCCUUGAAGCUCUUCUGUAGAGAGGAUGAGGCCCCCAUUUGUGUGGACUGCGAUGGAUCCAAGGAGCACAGAUUCCAUGAGGUGGUUCCUCUGGAGGAGGCGGCCCAGGAGUAUCAGGGUAACAUCUGUAGCUUCCUGGAGGUUUUGAAGAAGGAGAGAACAAAAAUUCUGGCAUUUAAAUCAGAUGUAGUAAAGGAAAGCCAAGACCUGCUGAAGCAAACAAAAGGAGACAAGCAAAGGACAGUGUCUGAGUUCAGGCAGCUACGCCAGUUUUUGGAAAUACAAGAGAAACAUCUGCUGGCCCAUGUGGAGGAGAUGGAGAAAGAGAUUGCGAGAGAAAGGGAUGAGCACCUGGCCAGACUCUCCCGAGAACUCUCCUCUCUCGAAAGCCUCAUCCAGGAGGUGAAGGAGAAGAUUCAGCAGCCGCCCAGUGAACUCCUGCAGGAUGUCAGAACCACUUUGCAGAGGCCAGCCUCCCAACUGAUUCGGCUUCUCUCGUCUCCUGAUUUCUUCCCAACAGCAAACGUGACUUUUGAUCUGAACACAGCCCAUCCCGUACUCACCUUGUCUGCGGAUCGGAAAAGCAUAAGAGUGACAGAGAAACCUCAAGAUCUGCCCAACAAUCCUGAGAGAUUCAAUGUCUUUGUUUCUGUGCUGGGAUGUGAGGGGUUCACUACAGGCAGAUAUUUCUGGGAAAUCAUUGUGGGCCGUGAGGAAGAAUGGGCUGUGGGGAUUGCCAGAAAGUCUGUGAGGAGGAAGGGUGAGAUGAACUUUGGUCCUGAGGGAGGGAUCUGGGCUGUGGGGAAGGUGGCUGAUGGUUAUGUGGCAUUCCUUCACCCUGAGAGACUUCGUCUUGCCUUGAAUGGGGAGCUCAGAAGGAUCAGAGUGGCUCUGAACUGUGAUGGGGGGCAGGUGGCCUUCUUCAACGCUGACACAACAGCCCUCCUCUACACAUUCUCAGGUGCCUCCUUCUCUGGAGAGACCCUCCAGCCCUUCUUUCGGGUGCGUGAAAAAGGCCACCUCAGACUCCCUCUUUAAGGAAGUCACUAAUCUUAAAGCAACUGCCGGAGAUCUCCUUUUAUGGCUCUGCAAAAGGCCUCUCCGGGUUCUCAGUCAUCACAACGGAUAUAACUUUAAAUGGAUUCUGUUUUCCCCCCUUCAUCUCCCAAAGUUCCUUCUUGUCCACCCAUUUCUUAAGGAGAAAAUACCACGUCUUUUGUAUUAAAAGGCUCCAUCUGAAACAUCUAAAGACUUGGACCUUGUCCCCAAUGUCUGGGCUUACUGUACCUUCAGUGCUCCUCAAAGUACGUGCUCUUCCAAAUUCUCACUGGCUUGCUUAGCUCCCACAUGGAAAUGGUCUUGUCAAUUUUUAGUUCACUCUCUUGCCUGCCAAGGAUAAACUGAAUGUUACAAAAAAAGUGGGGGGGAUGAUAGAAUAAAAGACGUUUCAAGCCAUUGUCUUAAAAGACUCUCCUCAGUUAUUUCAAGGACAGUUUAGGCAUUUUGUAUUGUUGUUGUUGUUAUUGUAUUGCGUUGCAUUAUUAUUGUAUUAGCGUAAAAACAAUAGGCCUUACGAUCAGGGCCUGACACAUCUUUAUUUCCCCCUUCCUUCCCUUUUUUGUGUUUAAAACAUAUAGCCUGAUGAAGACGGGGGGGACCUGAGAUCUUGCAUACUAUUAUUUGGGGUUAAUCUUAAUACAGUAUUAUGUGGUUUUUGAUCUGGACCAACAAG